UAUUUCUCUGUUCUUGCAUUGGUUCGAAUCUUGUUUUCAACUCAAUUUUAUGACACAAACAAAAAGCAUAUAUAAUAUUUUUUUGUUAUUAUUAAGCAUGUCAGUGUUGAAAUUGAGGAAGAGUGUUUCACCUUGUGUUGCAGAAGCCAUAACCACCUUCGAGCAUUAUAUUCAAAAUCCAAAACCCAAGCAUCCACAACACUUUCUCUCUCUUCUCCUUAAUAACUCUUUUAACUACAAAUCUCUUCAACAACUUCACUCUCAAAUCAUCACUUCUUCACUCUUCCACCAUUACCCUCUUCACAAUAACCCCACUUCUUUACUACUCUUCAAUAACCUUAUUCGUUCUUACUCUCUCUCUUGUUUCACCUGUGUUGCAGAAGCCAUAACCACCUUCGAGCAUUAUAUUCAAAAUCCAAAACCCAAGCAUCCACAACACUUUCUCUCUCUUCUCCUUAAUAACUCUUUUAACUACAAAUCUCUUCAACAACUUCACUCUCAAAUCAUCACUUCUUCACUCUUCCACCAUUACCCUCUUCACAAUAACCCCACUUCUUUACUACUCUUCAAUAACCUCAUUCGUUCUUACUCUCUCUCUUGUCGAAUGUACUCAACUUGGGGACUUUUGGUUUCAGCAGCCCAGGUGUUUGGUGAAAUGCCACAAAGAAAUACUGUCUCUUGGAAUGUUUUUAUCAAUGGUUUGAUUAAAUGGGGUCAGCUUGAAAUUGCUCGCUCAGUGUUUGAUCGGAUGUUGGUUCGGAGUGUGGUGUCGUGGACUCUUGUUAUUGAUGGAUAUACCCGAAUGAAUCAGCCUUUGAAAGCUUUGGCUUUGUUUAGAAAAAUGGUUGAGGUUGAUGGUAUAGAGCCCAACGAUGUUACCCUUUUGGCCAUUUUUCCUGCUAUUGCCAAUCUUGGGUAUAUCAAGAUGUGUCAGUCUGUUCAUGGCUAUGUAGAGAAGAGAGGGUUCAAUGCGGUUGAUAUACGGAUUGUGAAUGCGUUGAUUGAUUUGUAUGCUAAGUGUGGAUGUAUAAAGAGUGCAAGUAGAUUCUUUUGGGAGAUGCCUGAUUGGAGGAAGAAUUUGGUGUCGUGGAAUUCAGUUAUAUCUGGUUUUGCUCUAUUUGGGAUGGUGAGGGAGGCUGUGGAGAAUUUCGAAAGAAUGGAGAAGGCUGGCGUGCGGCCAAACCACGUAGCGUUUCUCAGUGUUUUGAGUGCUUGUAGUCAUGGUGGAUUGGUUGAGGAGGGGCUCGAGUUUUUUGGUAAGAUGGUGAAUGAUUAUGGACUUGUGCCGGAUAUCAAGCACUAUGGUUGUGUGAUAGAUAUGCUUGGGAGAGCAGGGAGGUUAGAAGAAGCUGAGAAGGUUGCUUUGCAGGUUCCCCAUGAGGUUGCAAAUGAUGUUAUUUGGAGGACGCUUCUUGGUGCUUGUAGUGUUCAUAACAAUGUUGAAAUUGGUCAAAGGGUGACCGAGAAGAUACUGGAGAUGGAGAGGGGACAUGGUGGUGAUUAUGUCCUUAUGUCCAAUAUAUUUGCUAGUGUUGGGAGAUUCAAGGAUGUUGAGAGGUUAAGGGAAAUGAUAGAUAAAAGAAAUGCCUUUAAACUUCCGGGUUACAGUUUAGUCUAAAAUGUUAUGCGAUAUAUAAUAUAGGUGAUAACAUUUGAACUA